AGCCGCCUAGGCUCCACCAAAAUGGCGGCCACAUUUUUAAAGAUAACAGUAACAUUACUCUUAUCAUUUAGUAUUAUAUCGAAUGGUCAAGAUGUAAAAGACAGGUACUACCCUCGCUACCACCUGGCUCCGCCUUACGGUUGGAUGAACGACCCCAACGGCUUUAGCGUCUUCAACAAUGAAUACCAUCUCUUCUACCAGCACAACCCUAACAGCAGCUUCACAUCUACGGUUGUCCACUGGGGUCAUGCCAAGAGCCCUGACUUAGUCCAUUGGGAACACCUUCCAAUCGCCUUAUACCCUGACCAGUGGUACGAUGCCGGCGGAGUAUUCUCAGGAAGCACUCUUGUCGAAAACGACACUAUGCAUGUUUUCUACACCGGCAACAUCAACUUAGAAGGACAAACGCCUAGCACUGCAAACAAACAAGCCUAUGCCACCAGCACAGACGGAGUCACUUUCACUAAAUACGAAGGCAACCCAAUCAUACCUGCAGAAGAUCGACAGCCAAAUAUCCGCGACCCAAAAGUCUGGAAACACAAUGACACUUACUACAUGGUCUUAGGAAAUUCUUACAACAACGACACCUUAGGUCGCGUUCUUCUCUACUCUUCCACUGACAAGAUUAACUGGAAAGAAGAGUCCAUCAUCGACCAAUCUAAUGGCACUAUGGGCUACAUGUGGGAGUGCCCUGAUUUCUUCGAGCUCGGCGGGAAGUUUGUACUCCUAUUCUCGCCACAAGGACUUGCAGCUGAAGGGGAUAAGUACCAGAAUUUAUACCAAACUGGUUACAUACUUGGCGAUUUCGACUACUCGACUCUCAAAUUUACUCCUACAUCUGAAUUUAAGGAGCUCGAUCACGGGCACGACGUGUAUGCAACUCAAACUGUCUUGGAUAACGACGGUCGUCGUAUCGUGGUUGCAUGGAUGGAUAUGUGGGACCGAAAUUAUCCAGAAAGCAGCGAUGGCUUUACUGGUCUAAUGACUUUACCUAGAGAAUUAACGCUUUCCUCUGAUGGUAUUAUAAUUCAGAAGGCAGUAGACGGGAUAUCAAAAGCCAAAGGUCGUAACUUACAUCCUUUUAAAAGUUUCAAACACAGACAUUCAAGAAUGUAUAUCUUAAGGAAUAAAGCUGGAGAAAUUAAUGUUCACGCUGAUGGUUCUAAAGACUUUAAAUUAUACAUUGGAUCUGGUCGCGUUCAAGUGUCUAUUUCCUACGAUGCUGAUAAAGGGCAGGUGACACUGGACCGUGGAGGCACUGAUGGUGUCCGUCGAACGGAAUGGAAGCCUGACGGUCAGUUAAAGUGGAGGAUCUUUGUGGAUGCUAGUUCUAUAGAACUGUUCUGUGGCGAAGGGGAGGUUACUUUCACAAGCCGAUUCUUUCCUGAAGGUCCCGUUGAAGUCCGUUUAGCGCAGCAGUCGAGGGCUGAGCAUGUUAGUGUGCAUGAGAUACAGCGUACUGUACCUCAUGGUGGAUAUUAUAACAAGCAUUGGUGUUUCCUAUGUCAUAUUGGGUAAUUUUUGAGGGUUAAAAAUUGUGGUGUUUGUAGUUUUCACAAAAUUUAUAUGUAUGAAUAUUGUUGAGUUGGAACUAGAUAUUUAUAAAAUAAACUAAUAUGAUUCACUCGGAGUAAAA